GACCAUUUUGCGGAUGCACAACAUAACCGGAAGUGUACAUGAUGUUCUUUUAGCAUGUUGCACUUAACAACGUAAAUUUCUUGGGCUGUAGUUGAAAUGAGCUCAUUUUAAAGAUCGCUUUUUUUUUUGUUCAAGACCAACUACCGUGAUGGAUAACAAGAGAAGAGACAAAAGGUCUCCUGUUCGAGAGGGAAAGUCAAAAAUUAAACAAGAACAUGUGAGUCCUGCUAGGCCUCAGAGACCAGGCCGCUCGAGUUCGGGCUCAAGCCGCAGCAGCUCGAGUCCUCCGCCGGGGAGACCGGACCACAGAUCACCUGUCAGGGUAAAAGACCGAUCGCCUGGAAGAAGAGGUCGGUUUUCGGGACGUCCAGGUGGUGACCGAGCGACCCGAGACAGGAGGAGUCGGAGUCCACAGCAUGGAACUGAUCAUAGGAUAAAGCGGGAAAAAGAGGACCACAAUGAAAGGGGAAUUAAAGUAGAUGAGCGGCGUGUGAACAGGGAGGAACCACGACAUCACCGGCGAGACCGUGAAAGAGGCCCGGAGCGUCAAAGAGACAGGUCUCGAGAGCGGGACGCACAGACGUACCAUCAGCAACAAGCAGAAAGGGAGCAGCAGAACGAGCGACGCAGAGAAAACCGCCAGAGGCAGGAAGCAAGAGAGAUAAAUGAACCGCAUGCCUUUGCUGGUGGAGAGAACGAUGAGGAGGCCCCUACUGCUGAGAAAGAGAAGCCCAGCUUUGAACUUUCAGGCGCUCUGGUGGAAGAUACCAACACGUACAGAGGGGUGGUCAUUAAGUAUAACGAACCUCCUGAGGCCAGAAUUCCUAAAAGAAGGUGGCGAUUGUACCCUUUCAAAAAUGAUGAGCCACUUCCGGUGAUGUACAUCCACAGGCAGAGUGCUUAUCUGCUUGGAAGGCAAAGGAAGAUCGCUGAUAUACCUAUUGAUCACCCCUCAUGUUCCAAACAGCAUGCUGUAUUCCAGUACAGAUUAGUGGAGUUCACGCGAGCGGAUGGCAGCACAGGCAGGAGAGUGAAGCCCUACAUUAUUGACCUAGGUUCAGGUAACGGCACAUACCUGAACAAUCAGCGCAUUGAACCACAGCGCUACUAUGAGCUCAAAGAGAAGGACGUGCUGAAGUUUGGUUUCAGUAGUCGCGAGUAUGUGCUCCUCCACGAGUUCUCGGACACAGCAGAGGUUGACACGAAGAGGGAGGAGGAAGAUGAAGAGGAUGAAGGCCUUGAUGAGUAGUCACUGCUCAGUCUACCAAAGUACAUUUGUUUUAAUAGACUCGAUCGCUGUGAUGGACCCAGAUGUCACUGGGUUUCAUGAUUUUGAACAUUAUUUUGUCACUGAGGUUUAUUAAGAAGUACUCUGACUGCUUUCUGUGUAUAAAUGUAUUCUCAGGUGGACAGCAUGAGCAUCAUAUCAGACGCCUUUGUGUUGUCUGGUGCUGCUCAGUGUAGUCCCUAAAUCCCAAGUGCUCAAUGCCAGAACAAAAAAAUUAUAUAUUUUGGAUAAUUUGUUGAUGAAUGUUUCAAUUCUGUAAAUAUCCUGGAUGGUGUCAUUGUUUAAUCUGGUUUUGUAAUCUUUAAUGAUAAAAUGAUAUUUUCUGUUUGUAGGGUUUUUGUUGUGUUUUUUGACCCUAUUAUUGUUUUUGGUUAAAUGUUGCAUAGUAGUGAUAUUUUUUAUUAUUGUUCUAUUCCAAGGUAAUUACAUGUUUUCUUUGAAAUCCUGAGCUACAUAAUAUUCUGUACGUGUUUUUGAUGUUUUGUAUUGUAAAAUAAAACCGGGAAAGAACGUG